ACUAGUCAGCCAGUGUUGAACCGACACUCGGUGCGGUGGUACCAUUACCAUCGCAUUGGAUAUAGCAAGUAAAUAAUAAUUAACUUUUCUAUUAAAUAAUAGUGAAAAUUGUGUGCAAAAUAUUUUGGAUUUAUUUGUGAAUAUCGUUCGGAGACCUGUUUUAUAUUUGUUUUGAUUUACGAAAAUGGCGACGUCCGUCCUUCAGCCCGAAGAUUGCCGAAGAGAACAUGAACCUAAACCCGAUAUUGAUACACCCCGACUCACCGACGAUGAAAGGAUUGCCAUCCUGGAAAACAAUGAGCGUGAAACCGGCGAUCUUCCUCAAGAACUAAGGGAAAAAGCCAGAGUUGAUAUACGGGAGGAAAUAACAUUGAGGGAACAUGCGCUUGCGCAGAUGAGACAUUUCAUUGAAAAACAUCCUGCAAUUAAGAAAUGUAGAACUGAUACACCAUUUCUGCUUCGUUUUCUACGCACAAAGAAAUACUCCAUCCCCCAAUCCUGUUCCAUGCUGGAGAGAUAUCUGACCAUACGGCAGAUGCAUCCACAUUGGUUCCAGAAGCUCGAUCCUCUGGAUCCCAAAAUAGCAGCAAUUAUUGAUGCUGGGUAUCUAGUUCCACUGCCGAAGAGGGAUGCUGAAGGACGGAGGGUCGUUUUAUCUUGCAUGGGUCGCUUCGAUCCACACGUUUAUGAUAGCAGUGUGAUGGCGCGCGUUCACUCCAUGAUCGUUGAGCUGCUCCUUGAUGAACCUCGUUCUCAACUGUUGGGCUACACGCACGUUAAUGACGAAGCCGGGAUGCAAAUGCCACACGUGAGCCUCUGGUCGCUCAACGAUGUGCGGGUCAUGUUAAACUGUAUACAGAAUUCCACUCCAAUGCGUCACAAGCGUACACACUUCGUCAAUAUACCGCAUUAUGGCGUCAAGUUCUUUGAGUUCGCAAUAUCUUUGCUCAGCGAUAAACUUAAGGACAGAGUUAUGUUCCAUCGCACAUCGGAUGAUUUAGUAAAACACGUCGAUCCAUCAAUUUUGCCUAAAGAAUACGGCGGAACAGUUCCUCUAAAAGACAUGAUUGAUGAAUUGAAGCGUAAACUUUUAAAGCAUAGAGAAGAUUUGCUUGCUUUGGACGACAUGUGCAUUGAUUUAUAUGCACUUGAAAAAAACGAUUUGACUCAAGACAUACAUUCAACUGCUGGUUCGUUCAGAAAACUGGAACUUGAUUAGCUAUAACUUUGUGAUAGAUGUAGGUUUAAAGUGAAUGUUAUUUUAAUUAAAUACUCAGGAAAAUAUCCAAAUUUUAAAUGUAUACAUAAUCCUUUAAAAAACAUAUAUUAUUUGUAUUACAUUUCCGAAUGUUUCUGUAUUUCCUAUCUCAUUAUCAUAUUUCCGAUCUCAUCGAUGUUUUUUAAACUUUACAGAUUAUGGUUUAACUUUAAAUUAAAAUAGUUAAAUAAUAUAAAUAAAAUCGCUUUUAUAAUAAGGAAUUAUAUCUUUAUAACUUUUAUAGAAACUAGUAAAGUAGUGGCAGCCGUCGGUGGUCACGUUACCAUUCUUAAACUGAUGACGUCAUUGUACAUAUAAAUUACAAUGAUUAAGUAUAAUAAUUUUCAUUAGCAAAUUCUUUUUAGAGGUGUGAUUAAUGACAUGACAACCUGACUGCUGCUUAAAUAAUAUUUUUAAAUACUUGAUGUAUGUUCUGUCCGUUACUAACUUAUAAAGCAGUUAGAUAACUUUAAGAAAUAAAUAGCAAAUAAGUAAUUAAUUAAGG